AGAAAUCAGCAUUUGUGUCGAUAGAAAUGGUUGCUGUCCUCAAAGCGCUGGCGAUAUUUCUCAUCAUUGCAAGAGCGUAUGGGCAAUGCACUCUGAGCAAGCUUGAAGUACACCAAUAUGAUACAGGAAAGCUGGUUCAGGGAAAACAUGAGUAUGCUGUGAGCAUCUCCAAUAAAUGCUCUGAAUUGUGCGUUCAUAGAAAUGUGAAGUUAAAUUGCAAAGGUUUUCAAACCGUGGAGAGGGUAGACCCUUCAAUUUUGAAAGUCUCUGGUGAUGUUUGUUUUGUUAAGAAUGGCCUACCUAUCACUUCUGAUGCACCAGUGAACUUCGGCUAUGCUUGGAGCAACUCAUUCAAUUUGAAACCAAUUUCAUCCGACAUCCAUUGUUAUAAAUCAUAAAAUGUUAUAUGGAUUGCUACCUAUUCACUAAACAGCAAAUUAAAUAAGACAAUUUGCAAACCUCCAUUUUAUUCUAUGAUUUAGUUUUAAAAUGUAUGUAAUACAUUUUGCUUUAUUAGUAUAAAAGGGGAUAACUCUUUUAGUGAGAC